AUGAUAAUAAGCAUCGCUCUGAUCUGGACCAUAGUGGUAGGAUUCUGCUGCCUUCUCUGGCUUGCUGUGGGCAUAAGACGCAGGCAACCUGGUGAGCCUGCUGUUGAGAAUGGAUUCAUCCCCUACCUGGGUUGUGCUCUGCAGUUUGGAGCUAAUCCUCUUCAGUUCCUCCGCAGCCGCCAGAAGAAGUAUGGCCAUAUUUUCACCUGCAAGAUCGCAGGCCAGUACAUCCACUUCCUGUGUGACCCUUUCUCUUACCAUUCAGUCAUCAAACAGGGGAGACACUUGGAUUGGAGAAAGUUCCACUUUGCUACAUCUGUGAAGGCAUUCGGCCACGACAGCUUUGAUCCUCGCCAUGGCCACACCACAGAGAACCUUCACCAAACCUUUCUGAAGACCUUGCAGGGUGAGGCUCUGCCCUCCCUGAUAGAGAGCAUGAUGGGCCAUCUCCAGGACGUCAUGUUGAGGUCGGACACACUAAGUCCCUGCAAGGACUACUGGGAGGUGGAUGGCAUUUUUGCUUUCUGCUACAAGGUGAUGUUUGAGUCUGGCUAUCUGACUCUGUUUGGUAAAGAUCUGGGUGAAGACAAGAUUCAGGCUCAGCAGGCGGCCCAGAAAGCCUUGGUCCUCAACACUUUGGAAAACUUCAAAGAGUUUGACAAGAUCUUCCCGGCGUUGGUGGCUGGCCUACCUAUCCAUGUUUUUAAGAGUGCCUACAGUGCCAGAGAGAAUCUAGCAAAGACUAUGAACGCGGAAAACUUGUCGAAGAGAGAGAACGUGUCAGAUCUGAUCUCUAUGAGGAUGAUCCUGAAUGAUUCCUUGUCUACCUUCAAUGAUGUGAGCAAGGCAAGGACCCAUGUAGCUCUGCUUUGGGCUUCACAGGCUAACACCCUGCCUGCUACCUUCUGGAGUCUCUUUUAUAUGAUCAGGAGUCCAGAGGCUAUGAAAGGAGCUUGUGAGGAAGUGCAGAAGAUUCUGAAGGAUUCAGGUCUGACAGUUGACCCUAGCGACCCCACACUGAAACUGACCAGGGACCAGCUCGACAACAUGCCUGUUCUGGACAGUAUCAUAAAAGAAGCCAUGCGUCUUUCCAGUGCUUCGAUGAACGUACGUGUUGCCAAGGAGGACUUCUUGCUUCACCUUGACAACCAAAAAGCUUACCGUAUUAGGAAAGAUGAUGUCAUUGCUUUGUAUCCACCAAUGCUGCACUACGAUCCAGAAAUCUAUGAGGAUCCCUAUGAGUUCAAGUUUGACCGUUUCCUGGAUGAGAAGGGUCAGGAGAAACCCACCUUCUACCGCAGUGGCCGACGGCUGCGCUACUUCAACAUGCCUUUCGGCUCUGGGGUCACCAAAUGCCCUGGCAGAUUCUUUGCUCUGUAUGAGAUCAAACAGUUCCUGACUCUUGUGCUGUCAUACUUUGACAUGGAACUCUUGGAACCUGCUAUCAAAGUCCCGCCUCUUGACCAAUCCCGUGCUGGUCUGGGAAUCCUCCAGCCUACCUAUGAUGUGGACUUCAGGUAUAAGCUGAGAUCUAACCACUAG